AUUUGUUGUUGUUGAUGACUUCGCGGAAGAAAGUCCUUGUUUACAAAUACUUGUUGAAUCGCCAGGUUUGUUGAGUUACUUAUUUCUUUUGCUACAUUGUCUGUUAUAGCUCUAAUUAUGGAUAUUUUAUUUACGUAUUUGAAGUCUACUUUACUCUAAAGUACGUUGCGUCAGUUACUCUCUGUCACUUGUCAUGAAUCGAUCAUCAAGCUAAUUUUCCGCCCGUUAUUUAAGUCUCAAGUCGAUGCUUUGUUAUGUUUGUGCCUUCUAUUAUUUAAUCUCUAUCUCAUGUAAUCUUCACGCCAACAACACACAACAGAAUAUCAUACACGUUUAAACAAUGUGCAUAGCGGAAGUGCGUUGUCACAUUUGAUUUGAAGUAAACAAGAGAGACAUCCUUUAUAGAGAGGAGAAGUGUGACGUCACGUUAGCAUGGUAGGAAAAUUUUUGGAUCCCAACAUUAAGCAACGUUGACAGUGUCGGUAACAAAAACAGGAAAAAAGCAAUAUGUUUAGAUAGCAAAACAACAACUUUGCAUGUGCAUCAUGCUUUUUUGUAUUCUUAACUGUUGUUGUACGACUACAACGUGAAACUUCCUAAUUUCACGCACCUGCUUUAUAAAGUAGGUGAAAACAACACAAUUUUUUUUCUUUUUCUAAACUGAAAUAUGGUCCCAGUACUCAACACUAACUUGUUUGGACACUAGUAGCUAGGCAGUGGGCUAGCAAGUGACAUAAAUCACUAGCCCACGAGGUGAAGUCACUGGUCAAAAGAAAAAAAGAAAGCCCAAAAAAAUAUAUACCCAGUGUGGGUGUGGAACCACUAUUUCCUUCCGGUGUCUAGUCUCCUCCCGUAUCUUGUUUGUUUUCAAUUCUUUAUAAAUACAGUCAAUACGUUUUUUGAAAGUCCAACUUUAAACUGGUAAAGGCAAAAAACAGAAAUUUUCUGUUUCUGCGAUAAAAGCAUAGUUGCAAUUUGCUAAUCUGCUUAGCGCUACUGUUUGAGUUCACACACUGCUACAAGUUCCACAAGAAAUUUUUCUGCUAAUGAAUCCCAGCCAAGGAUAUGUUUCUUUCAACCUUUGGGGAUCUAGAAAACGAUGACCUGCAUCUCUUUCUCUUCAUGCUGUGUGUGGUCCUUUGGAAACAACGUACAAAAAACUGCAUAAGAAUCAUUGGCCAUUGAAGGAUGCUUUCUCGUAGAUGCGCGAAAAAAUUUCAAAAUGGAGUGAUGUGAUGGAGUUCACCCAGCCCAGGCAUAAUUCCAUUUCCAACACGGCAAUCGUUUUGCAAGUCAAUCAUACAGUUAGGUUUUACAUUUAAUACUCAAGGUAAAGAAAACCUAAGUACUGAUGAAGCAUAUUAAAAAAAAGAAUGUCCCAAGUUAUAGACUGAAGUUCUUCAAAUUUAUUUUGUUUACUAAAGGAACUGGUCUAAGGGCUAGUAGGAGUACAUUUUUGCUAGCCCAGCAUGAAGUUUCACUAGUCCUGGGUUAGUCAGGACUCCCGUUAGUGUUGAGCACUGGGUCCUUUUAGCCUGCGAAAACAUCCGUUUCUCCUCACUCUACGCUGCUGGGGACGUUUCGUGUGGAGGAAUGUCUGCAAUUCAGCGGCAGAAAUUCCAUACUGAUGACGUAAAUCAAUGUUUAUGUAAUAAAUCUGGUAGUCAUGGGGUUCCAAAUACAAAUUUGACCAAUUUUACGUGUCUUUCUGGUCGAUUUAGGUAAAGUGUUGUGUUCAUCUGCCAACGAGCUCCAGCAAAACUCAAAUGCUUCUUCAAGAGAAGACUAUAUUCCACAAAUAUUGGCUGUUUUGUUUGAGAUUCUUCGCGUUUACAUCCCGGGUUUACAUUUGACCUUUGUGGCUUUUUGUCUGUCAUUCGUAAACAAUAGCUAAAACAAUGUAACUACUCAGUCGACCGACCAGCGCUUCUGACCGGAUUCUGGACAGAUUUUACGUCAUCAGUAUGGAAUUUCUGUCGCUGAGUCGCAGACGUUCCUCCGCGCAAAAUGUCCGCAGCGGCGAAGAGCGAGGAGAAACAGAUGUUUUCGCAGGCUAGGUCCUUUUGGAUUCAACCCCACAAAAUUUAGCCAAUAUUAAUUUUGACAAAUUAUCUGAAACUGAACAAGAUCGAUGAAGUCUGAAACAGUGCGAAUUCUUUUUUUAAAUUCAUCAACAUUUUUCGAUUUGUUGUCAUCCAGAAAAUUUUUCUACCAUAGCAACAUGACGUAAUGACUUCUUCUCUCUAUUGCGGUAGAUGUACCUUAUUAGAUUCAAUUAGGUGAGUGAGCUGAUCAAGACGAAUCUAUUGAUCUGUUCCUAGCUGCAAGUUAUUGCAAAUUUAUUGAAUAUCAAUUAUUAUCUUAACCAAUUUGUUUUAAUUUGUUUUUCUUUCCAAUUAGAGCGUUGCAUAGAGUUAUUGCAUUCAUCCAUCAAAAUGAUGUCCAGAUUGAUUUUUGCCAGACUACCUCAGACUUCUUCUACUGAGCAGUUCUCAAGCCCUCUGAUGAAAGUGCUUUGGAAAGUAAUGAUGGUAGCUGGGUGAGGAAAAAAUUAAAUAAAUCUUGGUGAAUACGAUACAGUAAACACCCCUGUAUCAGAACCCCGGUUGUUUUUUCCUACAACAAACACAGGUUAUAAAAAGUACAUGUGUAAUGAAGACAACUAAAAUUUUCCAUGUACCGAGUACAUGAGUUGUCAUAACGUAUAUAUCGCAAGCAGUAAUUGGCUGAAAUGAGGCUUUUUUUCCUUUUGAAUUUUCAUAAUAUGUAGUUUGGCCGGAAUUAAUAUCAGCAAAACCAGUCUAAACAAUUUGGGUUAUCCCACAAAAAUUUUGGCAAAGCAGGAAAAAUCAAUGCCAUAGAGGGAAAAUAUUUAAUAUAAAAAUUUUAUUUAUUAAUUAACAUCUAUGAUGUUCUUCACAACAAUAAUGAUUACAGUGUUCUAAAAAACUGCAAGGUAAAUAUUCCAUGGAGUAAUUAUUAAUAAAGUUUGUUUAUUACUCAUCUAUUGGCAGAGUUGUUAUCUAUGGCUCACAUGCAAUACUGAUCAACUUGUGUAAAAAUGACCAAGGAAAGAUUCCAUUCAGCUCAGCAUCAGUGGUGUUGUUAAGCGAAGUUAUCAAGGUUUGACAUGAGAGUAACUAACCUGUAGUCAAUCCCUUCAUGAUGAGCUAGUGUCUGCAGUAUACAUAGCUUAAGCCUUUAAGUUCCAAGUAUGGCCAAAAACAAUUUUCUCCUUACAAUGUCCAUACAUAAACAUUAGAGAAUAGGUUAUGAGAGUAAAUAAGGUGAUCACCAAAUGGAAAAUGCUUUGAUCUUUUAUCAAGUUCUCUCUAACUAUUUUUAGGAUAUGUAUGGAUACCACUCUGGAGAAUUUCUAUAAUUAUUGAUGUUGGGUCUUAGAGGGUUAAGAGUUUGUAAAUACAUGUAUAGUAGCAGCGCAUGAGGUGCCAGAUAAGGAAUUUCUUCAGAAACUUAAGUACCUUCUAACUGAGAAACUAGUCCCAGCGUCAUUGGAAAUUCCCUCUUCACUGAAUCAGAAGUUCAAGGGAAUUCCGAUUAAAAGCUUCUUAACUGGGCGGGCACUAAGCUGAAAGUGAGUACCUUGGAAAUCCCUCCACUCGUCACAGGUUGUGAACUUUUCCCAAAGUACAUAAUUAUCCAUUUCUAAUUGUGUUGGCAAUUAUGGAGAAUUUAUCGUGGGAGCACACACUUAAUUGACCAUUUAUUACUUGUUUUAGUUUCUCUUUUCAGUGAUACUUCUACUGCCUGAGAUGUGGCGUGGUGCUGUACACUAUCCACCAAUAAAAACAGUCGUUUUCUUCUCUAUCCCUGCAUUUCUUUACUGCAUCAGUAACAACACUGCUGUUCAUGUGCAGGUUUACUUGGAUCCAGCCAGCUUCCAGGUACAGUCAUACUCAAUUGCUUUGUUACUACACUUUUCAACUGGCAACUUCACAUAUAUAAUUCUUUGUACCCCAUUUUAACAAAUUAUGGGGAGGAGAGUUAGAACCAGGAACCUCAUGUAAAUGCUAGAAAACCGGGAAGAACAUGUAAAUGUUGCAGGUCAAAUUACAUUCAGGUUUAAAUUUCAACCUAGGGUGAUUUUUGAAUAAUUACAAUUGAGGUUAGGAAACAAAGGAGAUUGAGAAUCAACCUAGCAUAAGCAAUUUCGACCUGAAUUUAACUUUGACUUGUUACAUUAAACAUGACCUUUUUUUCUGAAAAUGCAGGCAGUGAGGGUGUUUUCUUCUUGUGGUUAGGAUGCUGGUUAGGUUGUCUUCCAUGAAACGAAGUGAAAGUUGCUGGAGUGGUUGUGGUGUGAGGAUGGUAUUGUGUGGCUGCAGGCCAGUCAAUGACUAUGCAAACAUCACCCUGUAGUGUCUAACCUGAGGUGCCUGUUUUCUUAGGGAGAAGGAAGAAAUCUUAAGGAUGUGUCUGAAAGGGAGAAAAGGCUUUCCCCUUCGUACUUUCCCCUGGCUUGAUAAUAACUUGCACCUGCUACAGUUAAGAGUUGGCCAUCAGUUUUUGGGGGAGGUGCUCUUAAUUUUGUCAACCAUGUAUACAGCUACAUUUUUGGAAGAAGAAGUACCGUCACACUGCUUACUUUUGGAAACUAACAUAUUUAACAAACCAAAGGGGGCGGGGGGGGGGGAGAGCUAGAUUGGGAGUAGAAAAACCCUUCAAAAGCUAGAGGCAUGACAGGCAACAUGCAAAUGUAAUGGCCUGACUUUAAGGGAAAAGCUGUAAAAAAACACGUGAAAUCCUGCAAAGCAAUUAGGGAACCCCCACAUAUCUCUUACGAGAGGCUGCUAGCCAGCCUUGGUGGUGAGUUUAACUUAGCCUUAAUUUCAUUCAGCCACAUUUAAAAUGCACCAACAGAGAUGAGAGUGGAUAGAGGUGCCUGUGAGGCUGGCAGAGCCUGGAAGUGCAGCCAAGUGCAGUGCAUAUUAAACCUUGGCAACCUCCUAAGAGUGGCGUCCAUUCAAACUCACAGAGUUUGGUUGUGUUUGGAGAACACAGGGCUGGCCAACAGGGUGGACAAGGGACCAAAAGCUCCCCCCCCCUUCCCCCCAAUAUAGGGUCCUGGCGAUACCAUGAUAAGCAACAAGAUCUUGAUGCCUAAACUUAGAGCGAAUCAAUUUUCUAAACACUCCGAGGGAAGACGAAUUCCUUAUUAUUGUUUUUGUUUUUAACAGGUGCUAUGUAAUUUCAAGACAGGAAUUACUGCAAUUUUGUAUUGGCUCAUAAUCAGAAGGUACUGACUUCUCUUCAUUCCUGAAUGGCUGGAAGUGAGACUUUUAGUAUUUGAAGAGGGAUUGUUUUUAUUUUAUGAGUAAUAAUAUUAUUCUGUAAGUUUUGUAGUGAGUAAAUAAUUUUAAUAAAUUGUGAAACGUCUCAACCUUUGAACAAGUAUGUAUUUCAUUGUUGUUUUAAAUGUUUGUUUUUGCAUUCCAGGAACAUCUCAGAGAAGCAGUGGACUGCUCUUGGUCUCAUCACUUUAGCAGGUUGCUUUAACAGGUUAGUCAGUAGACCCUACAGGAGCUGUCAAUAGAAAAUUGCCUUCCAAUUCAAAUUAUAUUCAGAAAUUUUCAUCCAGCCAAAGUUGUAAGAGACAAAUCUUUACGCUUUAUAGACAAAGCUUUUCAACACAGAGCGCACUCUCUCUCUCUCUCCAGGUGGGAUGCUUGCCUUGUCCCUGUACGGCGUCUUUCCAUGCCUUCUCGGUCAAUGUAUUUCGGUGACGUAUCCGAGACGUAUCUCAAAACUUGCUCGGACCACGUGACCCGAAACGUAUAGGCCGGGGGGCAUAAUGAGGCCUAGGGACUAGGAAGUGGGAUGCUACUUCUUCAAAGUUUGACCUCUACUUUUUCUAUCCAGCAGUAUUGAUAAUACCUUAAAUGGUACUUAAUUUCGCCAUUUUUGCGAGACAGUAUUUUGCGGGGUUUUAAACUGGAACAAGCAAAACACUUAUUUAUAACGUGACUUUUAAAACUGGAACGAAGGAAAACCCAUUUUUGAAAAUUAAAUUUUUAGUUUGUUAACUCAGGGGCCGAUUACUAGUUCUCGACCCCUGGUUAACUUUAUCUGACAACAAAAGAUACAAAAUGGAAGUGGUGUAUUUGUUCAUGGAUAGCUAUGGAUUUCCCAGAUAAUGUACGUACAUAACAUCUUUAUUAGCCUAGGGACCCAGCCAAAUACUUUCACUUGCAUUUAAAUCCUUAGCAACCCUGCAUGGUAUUGUCUAAUUCGGGUACAUUCCUCUGAUGGGUUUAAAAAAUGUUUCUCUCAGCUAUGGAGGAUUGCAAACAUCGCAGGAUAUCAUUCAAGUACGGAACAACUCCACCAAUGUUGCGAGACAUGUAUAUGUCACAGUGACUGGUCUCCUGCUUAUGGUGUUUUACUGCACAAUGUCCGGCUUAGCUGGCAUUUCAACAGGUAAAUAUUCUCAUUUUGGAACAGAAGUAACAUUCCUAAAACACUUUGGAGCAACUUAAUUUUAACUAACAUUUUGUUUUGAACGAGAUAAAAAAAUCAGUUAACAGAAGUGGAAGUUUUUUUUCGCUAAGUCAUCGUGAAGUGAAAGGUGGACUGUCUUGGUCCCAUGGAUUUGAAUCAGAAGUGAACAUUCAUCGAUCAUAAGUCACAGGUGGCUGACACAAAUAAAAAAACCUUAAUAAGCUCUUUGACUAAGAGACAGCUCUCAAGGACACUUAUUAACUUUAUUCAGUAAAAUAACCUUUCGAAGGAGCAAAUGUGGCCUAGAAAUUUCUAAAACGCUGUCUCUAGAGUAAAAGGCUAAAAUAUUCUGGAUAACCGUUCCAUUCGUCUAAGAUAUUCGGAGUUUUGCUACCAACUUACCUACGAUUUUCGGAGUUGUAUUUUUCACUGUUUAUUGCCAAUUUAUUUGUUAAAAAAAGGCCCCGUGGAAAUUUCGGUCUUAAGACAAAAUGCCCGCUAGAAUCUUUUAAAGGACGUACGGCGACGCCACACCCUCGAACGUUCGACCGUGCCCAUGAGGGAAGCUAACAGGUCUGGAUGAGACGAAAAAGCCGUUCGAGACAACCGAAGUUCCCCUAAGAGAUCCGAACAGAUGAACAGUGUUUAUGGCAGCUCGAAAUUGACCGAACUGGCUUCCAUGGCCUAGAGAAAACCAUUUGAGACACUUCUGACGCAUUUGGAAACAUUUUCGGUCGUUGGGUGCCCUUGAGCUCUGCAAAGCAUUGAUAGGACAGUCUCCAAGAUUAACAGUUACUUUAAAACGUCUACUGAGGUGAAGUGUGUUGUAGUAGUGAAAAAUUCCGUAUGAGGGGCUUAUAUGUAGUGCUAGAAGAUGGGAACAGUUAAAAGGGACUUUAGAAAUGUGGUACAAUUCUUAUGAUACUGCCCUUACUAAUUAAAACAAUUCUUUUCGUUUAUUUUAUUUAGAGUACAUCCUGAAGAGACAGUAUAAGGUAUGUAACAUUGUUUUUUUUAUCUCUUUUUCGUAGCUAAGUUUCUCGCGUCAUGACAUUUAGUAAAGGCUAUAAAGACCACCAACAUGGUAGCAGCCAGCUUUACGGAUGCCUGCGUUAAUAAGGACACCCGUAUAUAACGGACAGUUUUGUUUGCCCCGACAAAAAGCUCAUAUAGUUUUUUCCAAAAUUAACCCACUUAUUGUGGACAAAGGACACUUUUCUCUGUCCCGAGUCACAAACUCUCAUCGUCUACCCGCUUAUGGACUCUGGUUAUCUCCGUACUUUCUAACAAAAACGCGCUUACUGGAAGUUUUCAAAGAUAGAUUGUAAUGCAGGUAGACCGAGUCCGCGUUAUUGUCGAGACAUAAGUUCUUCUGAUAAGAAAGUAAAGUCAUAGCCUCCCCCGCAGACAUUCUUAGGCGUGCGGGGGAGGCUAGUAAAGUCAUGGAUUCCACUGUUGUGUUUAAAAAAAUACUUACUGAAAGGUUCAAUGAUCGCGGGGUUUCUUUUUUUUACAGUUGCGGUUAAGAAAUUAAUAUUUUUUGGUAAAAUGUCUGCUUUAAUCGUUAGAUCUAUAAACAUGCGUCUGUGACGUUUUUUUUUUUUUUUUCUGAGAGCCCGCUUAAUACGGAUAGCCAAAUAAUACGGACAUUAUGGUAUGUCCCUUUGGUGUCCGUAUUAACCGGGUUCCACUGUAAUAAUCCCCGCAUCUCAAUGUGAUUUGUUUUGUCAUAACCGCGGGGUUGCACUGAAACUCAUUUCUCUUAAUCUAUUCCCUACAACCUUUGAGUUAGGUAUGAAUUAUUGCUGCUUGUUUCUUGACUUUCUAAGAUCUCUCUGCACUUGCAAAACACUUUGAUGUACUUCUAUGGCAUGAUGUUCAACUUAUUGGCUUACUGCACAUCGGAUUCACAGCCUUCCGAUUCGUCUGCCGGUGAGUAACAACAAAAUGAACUUGCCCUAAUGGUUUACGGUCAAGUCGCCCCAAGGUCAUCUCGAAACCCGAGUUAUGUCGUCCGAAUGCCGAGUUACGUUCCCCGAAAUUUAGUCUUGUUCUACAACGUCCUAACACGUUAUUACUGUAUACAUUUAUCGCGCUUGUUUCGUCUUAUCAAGUCUAAGAGAACGGGAUAUAUUACUCGUGUAUCGUGCGUAUUUCGCCUCAUCAAGGUUUAAAGCACGCGAUACAGUUGCACCUGAUUACACAUUUUUGGCGCUUGUUUCGUCUUAUUGUUGCUUAAAGAUCGAGAUACAUUAUACACACUACUUUAUUUAUCCGUGUAUCACACCUGAUAAAAUUUCGGGCUGCAUGACUUUUGGGCGACUUGACUGUUUACCUCUAUACGUAGCAUGGCCAUACGUGCAAGAUGUUUUAUGGUUUGUGGUUCAGUAACGUAUUGAAAACAAUUACAAGCUGUCAUUUCCUGACUUGAGCUUUUUCUCAGGGUUUUUCAGUGGCUACUCAAAAUGGACUGUAGUCAUCGUUUUCUGUCAGGUAUGUUUGAACAAAUGUUGUAUUUGCCUAUAUUUGGGCGUGGCUUUAGCACUGCUACACAUGUAUGUCUGGCUUUAAGCCCUUCGUCGCAUCGCGUUUCCACACCAAGUUUAGCUAAAGCGAAGCCAUUUCACCGGUUGACUCUGGGCCUUACGUCAAUACCACUGGUCUGACUUUUUUGCAAGUGUUACUGACCUAAAUUUCUCAACAAAAACCUGCGAGCAAGCUCUCCGGGAACGCCGGGAACGCCGGGAGAGCUUCCCUCGCAGGCUAGUUUCUCAAAUGCUACCUUUUUUAAAUUGCAGGCCAUGAAUGGACUGAUCUUGUCAGCAGUGAUGAAGCAUUCGAGUAAUCUUAUUCGCUUACUUAUCAUUGCCUGUGCAAUGAUUGUCAACACGGCUUUGUCUAUGGCAAUAUUCUCACUCCAACUAAACCUCUACUUUAAUAUUGCAUUUAUCUUGGUUAUCUUGGCUUUGAAACUUUACCAUAGUUAAGCUAAGAUAGACUGCUAAUUAGCAAAGCUUGUCGGCUGUAUAUGCCUAUCAGUUCUGUCACAAGCCGGGACGGGUGGGGAGAAACUCUUCCUCACCCCCACUCGGGCUCAACAACCAAAAUUGUAAAAAAGAGUGAACGUACAACACCCAAUUUCUGACUUUUGAUUUCCGAUUGUUCUUGUCACCUAAACUUCUUCAGAAAUUUACUUCGGCCGCAUUCGGAAAUUUUCGGGCGUCUUCGGAGAGGUUUGGGUCAUUGUCGGAAAUCUUCGCUUUGAUGAGAGGAUAAAAAAUCUCAUCCCUGUAAAGAGCAGUGUACAAUGAAGUGAAAUGUAACGCAUAGGAAGGACGAAUUGACAUUCCCUGUAUACCACAAUGUAUUCGUCUUUUGCAUUUUUCCCAUGUACUAUUAUUAAGAGCGACUCUCUUACAUAGAGGAAAUGAUUCGAAAAUGAUGCUGUACAAUCCCCAAUACAGUUGAAACUUCAUGUCUGACAUCAUUGGUUGGUAUAAGUAAUACUAAACGUUUUCAGAUUAAAUCAAUUUGUAUUUUAAAAGAAGUUGCUUUUAAAAGUAAUUUCGAGCUAUCGCAACUCAUGUAAAUGCGUACUUUAUACCGUACUUAGUAUUUUUAAUCUUAGUUGAUUUAACCGCGGCAGGAUUAGCUCAGUCGGUAAAGCGCUUGACCGCAGAGCGGGAGGUCGCGGGUUCGACUCCCGGGACCGUACCAACACUCAUGGUCUUAAAAUGAGUGAGAAAUGAAGGUACUGCCUUUGCCCUGCAAAUGGCUAGACCCUCGCGUGGCUUGGAUGACCACGUAAAAUGGCCGUCCCGUCUCCAGUAGGAGACGUAAAAAUAGUGUCCUCAUUUAAUGCUUUCGUGCUAAUUACAUUGACACUAAAAUAAAGUGCAUUUUUCUCUAGUUUUCAACCUUACUUGGAG